CUGAGUGUGGUACACAUGUCCCACGCCCUGCCUCAUCCUGACUGUCACAGGCACCAUAAUUCUGUUCUGUAAAAGAGAAUAAUGUGCGCUUUCUUACAGGCGUGCAAAUGCCAUCCUGCAGGGCCACAAGGCCGUUUUGUGCGCCGAUCCCACUGGACGUUUCCAUAGUACCGCAUGAGGCAAUGGUAGAAAAUAUACUUGGAGUCGGAGUUCACUUCCUACCGUAGCAUCAUGCGGGAUCAUUGCUUCAUACUACUCAUGGCUUCAUAUUAUCCUUCCUGUGGAUGGCGGACUCCACGGGCGUCGUCGAGAAGGGUGGAUGUAAUGACAUUACCGGAAUGGAGAAUUCGGAGGGGUGCUGCGAAGGGAAGCGCGCCAAGCGAUGUCUUUCUGCGGACAGGACCGUUGCGGACCCAGCACUAGCACAACAAGCAGCGCCCUCAUCCGCAUCGGAAACGGAGCCACGCUCAACAGAAAUGCAGAUGCUGCUCCGUGGACGUUUUAACAAGGAUUUCCAGCCCACCCAGACGACGUUUCCACCCGGCUUCCGCAAAGUUGUGCGUCCAAGCAACCAGUAUCUUCACGGCUUCACGAGUGUCGCAGCGACCUUUCGCCCAUCUUUGGCAUCCAGUUUUCCUUUCGCCGAGUUCUCCGAUGUCAGCAAUUCCCGCGAUGUGAUGCUGCAGAAAGCCGGUGGCGCGGUGUGUGCGGCGUACGAGAUCGCCUACGGAGACCAGAUUGCCGUGUUCUCCGCCUUUAUGACAGCCGCCCUCGAAGCGCAACAGUUACCGUAUCAGCCACAGACCUCACGCGAACGUGCCCAGCGUGCAAUGUUCGAGAAACGGCUAGAUGAUGCCGCCCGUCUGGCGCAGUUUGUUGCCAUGCUCCCUGGAUUCGAGGACGUGAGCCCGGUUGAUCGCGCUAUGUUAGUGGCGGAAAAGUCCUUUGUCACUACUAUGUUGCAUCAUAUGAAGUACAUUUACAAGGGAGAUUUUUACGGCACCAUGCCAGGUCCCGAGCAGAUUCACGCCGGCGACUACUGGAUGGAGAUUCUGGGUGUGGAUCCGGAAGUCCGCCGGUUCUGCUUCAAAUUCAGCGAUGUAUUCAACAGAGUCGGGCUGACGCUGACGGAAUCUUAUAUGAUGCUGGCCGCAGCAUUUUUUGAUCCGCGUACCACAACUGCCUCGAAUAAACCGCUACUCGCACAACUGCAUACCUUUUACAUGGAUGCGCUGACGUACACGAUUGGCCAUCGUCACCGCGACUGGGCGGAACGCGCGGCCAUCUUCAACAAGCUGAACGAAGCGUCCGGAAUGCUGUCCAUGGCACACCAGCUUUCUCUUGUAUGGUUUCCGUACGCCGGUCAGACGUUGCCUCCGGUCCCCGCCCCGUUGCGGACACUGCUGCAGGACUGCUUAAAACCAUAAUUUCUCUUAUACAUUAUUCUGACGCAGUGCCGUAUGGCCUUUUUCC